AUGCAAGAAUCUGAUUUAUAUCAACAACAACAACCAACAAAUAAUGUAGUAGUUAAUAAUGGAGUUGGUGAACAAACAUCGAAUUCAACAGAUUCUUCUGGAGAAUUACGUUCUUUGGUAAUUCGUUCAGAAUGCCGUCAAGGCGAUGUUAUCACGCCUCACAGGGCGGUACUUACUCUUUCGAAAAGUAUGUUCAAUGCAGGUUGUUUUUCAUUGCCUUAUGCCUGGAUGCUUGGCGGAAAAUGGGUAUCUUUUAUUCUCACUGUUGUUAUUGCUGGUUUUAAUUGGUUUGGGAAUCAUAUAUUGGUUCGUUCUUCACAACAUCUUGCAAAAAAAACGGGUGUUCCAAGCCUGGAUUAUGGACAUUUUGCAAAACGGGUUUGUGACAAAAGCGAUAUACCUUUUUUGAGGAGUAAUAGCAAAAGAAUAAUGUAUAUUGUUAAUAUUACCAUUCUUUUUUACCAACUUGGUUUUUCAACAAUUUUUAUAAUGGCAACAAAUAUGUUUACUGAAAUGCGGGUUAUUAGUCUUUUUGCAAUGAUUUCUUCUGUUUUCUUUUUACUGGGAGCUGGUGUUAUAAUGCAUUUUACUUUACAACAACCAAGUCAUUGGAGUGAAUUACCUGCUUCCACGAAUUUUGCUGAUACAAUAAUUUUUAUUGGAAUGUCUAUGUACGCUUUUGAAGGCCAAACAAUGAUUUUACCUAUUGAAAAUAAAUUGGACAACCCCGAUGAUUUUCUUGACAAUUUUGGUGUUCUUCCAACAACAAUGUGUCUUUGUACUCUUUUUAUGACGGCAAUUGGAUUUUUUGGUUAUAAUGCAUUUGGAGAUAAAGUUGCUGAAACUAUUACUAUUAAUGUGCCACAUACUGGUCUUUAUUCUGUUGUGAAUGUAUUUCUCUGUGUUCAGUCAAUACUUGGUCACUCAAUUGCAAUGUAUGUGGUUUUCGACAUGUUUUAUAAAGGAUUUCGACGAAAGUUUAGCAUUCGGUUUCCAACUGUUUCUGAUUUUGUAAUAGACAAAGGCUUUAGAUUCUUUUGGGUAUUUAUUACUUAUUUAAUGGCUGUGCUUAUUCCUCGUUUGGCGGUUUUAAUUCCAUUAGUUGGUGUUACUUCUGGAACGCUUUGUGCUUUAGUAUAUCCACCAUUCUUUCAAAUAAUUACUUUUUGGGAGGAUUGGAAGCUAAAUUUAACUCGAAGAGAAAGAUAUUUUUAUAUUGGAAGAAAUAUUUUUGUCAUUUUACUUGGCUUUUUUGCAAUCAUAGCAGGGAUUUCAGCCAAUAUUAUUCAAAUAAUGAAUCUAAAAGUAAAUUAA